AAUAAACCACAUAUCGUUAUCGAUACUUCUGCUAUCGAUAGUGUUAUCAGUCUUAUCUUCCAGGAGUUGGCGAGAGACGAGAAUCUGCUGUGGCUUGACUGUAGGUCCCCCGCGAGGUACUCCCCACGUUCCUUCACCUGAGGUACCUGCACCGCCACAUGGAGGGGUGCACAUGGGUUUGUUGUCCCAACAGCCGAGACACGUCCCUAACAAAGAAGUAAACACCAACACGACGUCGAUAUAGACGCACCCACCGCUUCCGGCGAUAUACCGGCCGACCUGUUAUCGCACAUGUCAAAUCUAUCGCGAUAACCUCCUAGAUUACUGAGACACCCAACAAACCCCCUUUAUACGUGCGCCCGCAGCCCGGUUUGCCCCAGCUACCGCCUCCGACAUGCCGGUUCGGGCUUCGAAAUCCUCGCGCGGCGCCUCCGCGGCCGGCUCCCGCAAGACCUCCGGCACCACCUCGCGCGCGUCGCGCGCGUCGUCCGCCAACGCCGACCUCCCCGAAGAGCCGCCCGCCAGCGCGCUGCGGACCCAGAUCUGCGCCAUCUUCCGCGACGCGCAGAAGACCACGGCGACGCACCGCAAGCUGGUUAUCAACCUGCGCAAGGUCCACGAGGCCUGCUGCUACGAGCCGACGCAGCCGGGCAAGGGCAGCGCCGCCGCCGCCGCCGACUUCGACGAGGCCGCCUUCAACAGCGAGUUCUCCCGCUGCGUCCUGCGCGUCAUGCCCGUCAAGAAGAGCGAGGGCGUCGGCGAGAGGAUCAUCCGCUUCGUCGGCCUGUUCCUGCGCUACGCCAACGACAAGGACAACGAGCUGCUCGGCGAGGAGGACGCCGACGCCAGCACCAUGCCCGAGACCCCGAGCACGCGCCUGACCACCCAGGUCAUGGAGGCCGUCCUGCCCCUGCUCACCUCCAAGGACAAGUUCGUCCGGUACCGGUCCACCCAGCUCAUCUCCCACAUCAUCAACUCCCUCGACGCCAUCGACGACGACCUCUUCCAGAAGCUGCGCCACGGCCUGCUCAAGCGGAUACGCGACAAGGAGGCCAUGGUCCGCUCGCAGGCCGUGCUCGGCCUCGGCCGCCUCGCCGGCAACCAGGUCGAGGGCAUGGUCAACUCGGACGACAGCGACGACGACGCCGAGACGGGCCUGCUCGAGAAGCUCCUCGAGGUCCUGCAGAACGACCCCAGCGCCGACGUGCGGCGCUCGCUCCUCGUCAACCUCCCCAUCCUGCCCAACACCUUGCCCUACCUCCUGGAGCGGGCCCGGGACCAGGACCCGGCCACGCGCCGCGCCGUGUACUCGAGGCUGCUGCCGGCGCUCGGUGACUUCCGGCACCUGUCGCUGUCGAUGCGCGAGAAGCUGCUGCGGUGGGGGCUGCGGGACCGCGACGAGAACGUGCGCAAGGCGGCGGGGAGGCUGUUCCGCGAGCGCUGGAUCGAGGACUGCGCGGGCGUGCGGCCGGCGGCCGAGGACGGCGAGAAGCCGGAUGACGCGGCGGCGGCGCCGAGCCUGGACGGGCUGCUGGAGCUGCUCGAGCGCAUCGACGUGGUCAACUCGGGCGUCGAGAACGGCGUGGCGCUCGAGGCGAUGAAGGGCUUCUGGGAAGGCCGGCCCGACUACCGCGACGCGGUCGACUUCGACGACAAGUUCUGGGAGACGCUCAGCGCGGAGUCGGUCUUCAUCGCGCGCAGCUUCAACGACUUCUGCCGGACCGAGGGCCGCGGCAAGUACGAGUCGCUGAUCGAGGAGAAGCUGCCCGAGGUGACGAAGCUGGCCUUCUUCCUGGAGCGCUACGUCAACGUGCUCAUCGAGGCGGUGCGGCGGGUCGAGAGCCAGGACAACGUGGACGAGGAGGAGGAGGAGGACACGGUGGAGCAGGAGUUCAUCGUCGAGCAGCUGCUGCACAUCAUCCUGACGCUCGACUACUCGGACGAGGUCGGGCGGCGCAAGAUGUUCGCGCUGCUGCGGCAGACGCUGUCGAUCCCGGAGCUGCCGGACGAGAUCACGAAGCUGACGAUCGAGGUGCUGCGCGACCUGUGCGCGCCCGACACGGCGGGCGAGAAGGAGUUCUGCAGCAUCGUGCUCGAGGCGGUCGCGGACGUGCACGACACGAUAGUGGACGAGUCGGCGGUGGGCGACGGCGAGGAGAGCUUCCACUCGGCGCGGUCCGAGGUCAGCGACGACAGCACGCCCAAGCGCGGCGGCGACCACGGGCUCACCGAGGAGGAGGCCCGCGACAAGGCCAUCAAGGAGAUCAUGAUCAACAUGAAGUGCCUGCACAUCGUCCAGUGCAUGCUGUCCAACGUCGAGGGGUCGCUGCAGCAGAACGACCACCUCGUGUCGAUGCUGAACAACCUGGUCGUCCCCGCGGUGCGGAGCCACGAGGCGCCGGUGCGCGAGCGCGGGCUCGUCUGCCUGGGGCUGUGCGCGCUGCUCGACCGGCCGCUGGCCGAGGAGAACCUGACGCUCUUCAUGCACUUCUUCGCCAAGGGCCACUCGGCGCUGCAGAUCACGGCGCUGCAGAUCCUGACCGACAUCCUGAACGUGUACGGGGCGCAGCUGCUCUCGGCGAACCCGGCGCUGCUGAAGGUGUACGUGCGGGCGCUGCGGUCCGGGUCGAAGAACCCGGAGGUGCAGGGCGCGGCGACGGUGGCGGUGUCGAAGCUGCUGCUGGGGCGCGUGGUGACGGACCCGGAGGCGGCGUCGGAGCUGCUCAAGACGCUCGUCGUCGCCUACUUCGACCCGGCGACGGCGGCGAACCAGAGCGUGCGCCAGGCGCUCAACUACUUCCUCCCCGUCUUCUGCUACUCGCGGGCCGAGAACCAGGCGCUGAUGGGGUCGGUGGCGCUCGACGCCCUGCACGCCCUGUACAACGUCCGCGAGGGCCUCGACGACGACGACAUCGACGUUAGCGACGAGAUGGCCAGCCUCAACGCCAUCGGUUCCUGCCUCGUCGACUGGACUGACCCCCGCAAGUGCUACGUCCCCGGCGUGCCCGUCGACGCCGACAAAAAGAACGUGAACGGGGACGUGCACCUGGACCUCGCGAGGGACAUCCUCGAGAAGCUAAGCAGUAACUUGAGCAAAGAAGAAAAGCGCGUUAUCGCGGCGCUGCUGGGCAAGCUGUACAUCUCGCCGGCGUCGAGCGAGGAGAAGCUGCGGGCGCUCUACGACGACGUGUCGGCGGCGGUGGAGGAGGGCCUCGUGAGCGACGCGACGAGCCGCAACGCGCUGUACAAGAUCCACGUGAGCCUGGGCAAGAUCGUCAACCUGCUCGCCGCCGCGGCGGCCGCCGCCGCCGAGGACAACGACCGCCUGUCCUCGCGCCGCAGCGCCAGCCGCAGCGUGUCGCUCGCCCCCGCCGACGACGAGAAGCCCCGCGGCCCCCCGCGGAUCAAGCGCGAGGACGAAGACGACGAGGAAGACGACGAGGACGACGACGCGACUGUCGUGCCCCCUCCCGAGACGCGCAUCGACGAGGAAGACGGCGAGGACGACGACGAAGCCGAGGCCAAGCCCGACGUCUCGGGCACGACCCGCCGCAGCAAGGAUGGCGAUUCGCUCGUCGAGGACCUGUUGACGGACGAGGAGACGUGAGGGUAUGGGAGAGAACCGCGGUGGACUGGCUGGGUUGGUUAUAUAUGAGUCCAUAUUCGCGCGCGAACGCUUGGCCGUAAUGGAUGAAACGAAUUACGCUUUCCUUCUCUUCAAACGCCACGACAACGGCUAAGUGUGGUGUGGUGGUGCA